UGACAACCUCCCUACGAGAACAUGCCUCUCGCAAAAGAUCUCCUUCAUCCCUCUCCUGAAGAGGAGAAGAGGAAACACAAGAGAAAGCGCCUGGUGCAGAGCCCCAGUUCCUAUUUUAUGGAUGUCAAGUGCCCAGGAUGCUAUAAAGUCACCACGGUCUUCAGCCAUGCACAAACGGCAGUCUUGUGUGUUGGCUGCUCCACUGUCCUCUGUCAGCCUACGGGCAGAAAAGCAAGGCUGACAGAAGGAUGCUCCCUCAGGAGGAAGCAGCACUGAGAAGCACCUGAUUCAGGAUGCGUGGGAACCACCCCAAUA